AUGAGUUCUCGUAAUCCAAAUGAUGGUUGGGAACUCAUGGAAUAUAUUAAUAUCAAUGGGGAGGGCUCUGGAGAAGAAUAUCUGAAUGAUAUUAAUAUUUUCUUUGAAGCCUGUGAAUUCCCUAACGACAGACAAGCUGCAAUUCUGAACCGUAAAAUUGAUGGAUAUUUGAGCUCUAGUAAACAAAUUGCCUUCGAAAAUACGGCUUAUCGUGGACUUGUAUUCCUUCUUAAAUACAAUUACCUACCUCAACGUCAUGGAAAUUUGACAAAGAAUAUUGUGAGGUUGCUUUUUUCCUUACCGGUUCAAUAUCAUCUACAAAUGGCAAGCAUAUUCUGCACUUUCCUGGUGUGUCAUGUUCGGAUUUUGGAUAAUACUAUAGCUAUUGUUUUCGAUUUCCUUUACCAAUGUCAUAACAGCAAUCCCCAGCAGGUACAAAAUAUUAUCUCGAGUUGUAUCAGCUUGUUGCUAGCUAAAACACACUCUCCGAGUGAUUUUUUUCAACUUUUUCAAUUCUUCCUCAAAUGUACCUCCAUGGUCUCUGGUUUUCGUGGAUCUCUGUGGAUCAGUUGUAUUUUAUUCGAAGCCAUUAGCAACGAAAUUAUUGACAAAUCGCUGAUAGAGCAACUAAUUGUCGAAACAAUCUCUUUUAUACGCUCUCAAAGUGAAUUUGCAUAUGAACGGCAUGUAGUUUUGGCAGUUCUAUUCAUUCUUGCAGUACGCUUUGACCUGAUCAGAACAAUUUCGCCAAAAACACUUUUCACGAUUUCCGGCUAUCUUGGAGAGAUUUUGAAUCUGAGAGUUGGACUACCAAUAUUUUUGCAGUUUUUCUAUGGUCAUUGUCUUUCCGUUCUUAUGGAACUUAUGAAAGGGGAAAUUAUGGUCCAUCCAUUUCUUUUGGCUUUACUGAAGAAACUUCCCGAAAUCCGGUAUGAGAAUGUUUUAACCUCAUUACGCUCGAUUGCCAUUACUUUAUCUGGACCAUUAAAUUCCGCCAUGAGUUUUCACUUAAUGCCUAUAUGGUUGGAGAUAUCGAAGCCAAUAUUCUCAAACCUUGUGAAAAAAAUGGGUACGUCCGAAUUGACCAAUGUGCCGAAAAUCCUUGCACCUUAUCGUGGUCUUAGAAACCCAUCGACUAUAUGCUACGGAAACUCUACUAUACAAAUGCUGUCGAAAAUUCCACUUUUCCGCCAACACUUCGAUAGGCAUUGUAAAAGUGGAGAAACGUGUGGAGAUUUGCAUAAGGAACUUAAAGAAGUAUUUGAUUCCCUUGACACUCCAUUGGACGAGAAAGAGGUGGACGCCUCCAACUUCAUUUGUAUAUCGCGACCAAAUCACUUUGAGGACGAUGCCCAAGAGGAUGCGCAAGAGUACCUUAGCCAUCUACUUGAUCAAUUGCAAGUGGAGUCCACUUCCAAGACUUCUCCUGCAUCUCCUUCGUACAUCGCAGAUACUUUCAUUGGGUGCCAAAGUCGUGUCUCCAAUUGUGCCACUUGCCGUUGGGAAAUUGACAAACGAGAAGAAACCUUCACAACUCUAAUGCUCCCUCUCGAGUACUACUCUUAUGUUACUAACCUACAGCAGAAUGAUAACGAGAACAAACCAAGUAUCCAGAGCAUGGUUGAUUCGCUCAGUAGAGAAUUGAUUGAAGACACGCCGAAAUGCGAGAAGUGUGGAGGCGAUGAUAACGGCGUCUAUUCAAGAAAUGUGGAUGUCACAUUUCGGAAGGCGCCUCCGUGUCUUCUACUAAAUGUGAAGAUCUUCUAUUUUGAUAUGGUGACUGGCAGCACGGUGAAGAAAAUGAGCAAAUUCGACAUAAACGAUACCGUCACACUGAAACUUGAAGAUGGAACUGUGCAACGCUAUCAAAUUUUUGGCUUUGUGUUGCAUGGUGGUGACCAUGCAUCCUCCGGGCACUACGUUUGGGCUUGCGAAAUGGCUGAUCGGUGGGCCGUAUUCAACGACGAGGAAGUCGAAUUCGUUGAUUUGGAGAAUAUUCUAUCCCCUUCAAACUUAAGUCCGUAUAUUCUAGUUUAUACUUUGCAAAAGAACUAA